UUGUGUCUUUAACUCAUUCGCAGACCGCAGUUCAACCGAGUAAACGCGAGUGACAAUAUAUUUUUUUUAUAUGAAAUGGAACUCAACGCGGAUAUUCCUCCUAAUUACCACCUUGGUCACUUCGUUUUAAAGCAUUUAGGCCGCCAUGCAGAUAAUGUUUGUCAGAUAGAUGCAGCAACUGGUGCAGAAGAGAGUUAUGGAUCAGUAUUUAAGCGAUCCAUCAGAUUAGCACAAGCAUUGAGAGCAUAUGGAUUAAAACCGGGAGACGUGGUGGCCACAGGUGGUCCUAACCAUUUGGAUAUUUUCAUACCAAACUUUGCAGCCCUUUUCAACGGUAUGCCGAUUGUUGGCGUCGAUCCGUAUUAUAAAUAUGACGAACUGCGAAGGCUCUUUGAGAUAACAAAGCCGAAGAUAGCGUUUUGCCAAAAUGAAUCGUACGACACAUACGCAAAGGCUGCAGAGGAUCUUAAACUGGACGUUAAGUUGGUGACUUUCGAUGAAGGAGAAUGUACGAUGAAAAAGUUUAUAGAGAUGUACGAGGAAUUGGAACCUGUAGAGGAUUUUAAAGUGGCAGAGUAUGACGUAGAUAACAUAUAUCCUUAUCUUAUAUCCACAAGUGGUACAUCGGGAAAGUUGAAGGUUGCGGCCUAUAACACUAAAUCGUUACUAAUAAAAAUUGACUGGUACAAAAAAUUUCAGGACCAAGAAACAGGCAUCAAGAAGACGUUGCACAUGUCCCCAGUGAAUUGGGCAUCAUCUAACUUCGUGCCAUUAACUGUGGCUGCUUCAGGAGGUAUAAGGCUACAAACUUCCAAUCCGGAUAGCUUUGACGGCGUUAUAGACAUGAUCAAUAAAUAUAGACCCGAAAUAGCGCAGUUCAACCCUGCAAAUUUAGGAUGCCUGUUAGCUCGGCACAAUGAAGUCGAUCUAACUUGCUUCCAAAGGAUCAAUGUUGUAGGAUCUAAACUUUAUCCUGAUAUUAAAGCAGAAUUUAAGAAACUUCUUGCCAGUGAUUGCAUAUUGAUGGAAACUUAUGGCCAAACAGAAACGAUCGGGGCGGUUCUAGCACCGAACAUCUCCGGACCCCUUGGCUCUUGUGGGAGGCCUAUAGACCUCUACAGUAUUAAGUUAGUGGAUCCAGAUACUGGUGUGGAAAUAAAGGAAUCAAACGUCACUGGUGAAAUGUAUGCUAAAGGACCCUGUUUUUCGUGUUACUACAACGAUCCAGAAGAAACAGCAAAGUGGUUUACAGAAGACGGCUUCUACAAAACGGGAGAUUUAUUAUACCGCGAUAAGGACAACAAUUACUACUUCGUUGACCGAUGCAAAACUUUAAUGAAAUACCGAGCCUACCAUAUAUAUCCAGCAGAAUUAGAAGAAUUAAUAAUCAAGCACCCUGGUGUGAAAGACGUAUGCGUGACCGGCAUCGACGACCCUGUUGAUGGUCAGAGACCAGUAGCCUGUGUUGUGAGACAAGAAGAUUCUGAUGUCACCGCACAGGAGAUAAAGGACUUAAUAAUAAAAAAUCUAUCGAAAAACAAGGAACUGCGAGGGGGUGUGAUAUUUCUCGACAGUCUACCCUAUACAUCUACGGGGAAAAUUCAAAGAAGCAAAGUUAAAGAGAUAGCUAUGAUGAAUGCUAAAAGAGAAUAAAUGUUGGCAUUUGUUCCAAAUAAUAAAUUAUUUUGUUAAAAGUACAUAAGAUGCAAACAUUUAUUCUCUCUUAGAAUUCCUA